GCUAAACACCCGCCACUGUAUCGCGGUGAUUCUUCAGUUGUUUUCGAGUAGGUACCUACCUAGUUAAAUUUUCAGAUGGGUGUAAACCACAUGAAACGUUAAAAUGCUUCUGAGAGUGUUGUUGAUCACGGUUUUAAUUUAUUUGUGCCAAUGCAGACCGCUCGAUUCCGAUGCUGAUGCCAAAAUUGUUAAAUAUGAGAAUGAUGUGCGGCCGGAUGGAUACAAAUUUGAGUAUGAAACCGACAACGGCAUCAGGCAUAAAGAAGAGGGAACCCUUAAGAAAGUAGGAGAAGUUGUAACCUUUUCAGUAAAUGGCACCUACAUCACUGUAUACCCCGAUCAGGAUCUGAUACUCAAAGUUACCUAUGUGGCGGAUGAAAACGGAUAUCGGCCAAUUGUGAGUUUUGGCGAUAUUAAAACCACAAACAGGAUUAACUCGGCUUUGAUAGCCACUUUGCAAGGAGGACUUAGAUAAAGUUGUUUGAAGAACAAAGUAUCUAGACGGUGGUCCAAAACUAUCAUACAUAAUUUUAUAUAAAUAUAAGUUUAGCUUUAGUCAAUGUAAAUAGAAUUGUUUAUAAUAGAAGGUAAAAACAAAAAAAAAUCACUGAUGGUUCAUUUAUUUAUAAUUCAUUUAUCACGCAAUGCUCGCGACUCGCGUGCGGGUGAGCUCUUGAAACGUAAAAGUUUAAAGUUGAAACCAACAAUAAUUAAAAAAAAAAGGGGUGCGAACUGAUAAGUGAAACAAACAUUUUCAUGGAGUGCAAGCUAAAAUGGGGUAACGGUCAUUGAGGAGUGGAGUGUUGGGUGAUAUGAAUGACUUGGGUGCCACCUGUCAUUGGAGGCUUUUCACUGGACGGACGGGGGAGGUCGGAGAAGAGGGGAGGUGGCCAUCCGCAAGGGGAAAAAUCUGAUAAGUUUUACUUUAAGAGUAUGCAUGACCUGAUACAAAUCUGCAAUAUAAACAUUAACCAUUAACAUUGCCCGUAUUCAUUUCAUUAAACAUAACAUUUAUUUUACUUGAAAAUGUUAAAAUGACUUUAAAAUAUGAUUAUGUUAAGAACAUAUUUUACUCUUUAAACAAUUGUUUUGUUUUUAAUUACUAUCAUUGCAAAAUUGUAUUAAAAAG